AAUUCUCCUGCAAACGUAAGUACUGCAAGCUGUGUCUACAGUGUAUUCCUUGGCAUAUAAACUUUGUAUUUGGUUAUAAAAUGCUAUCCAAACCAACUAUCCAAAUGGUUCUGCAUCAGCAAUGUAUCAACUGUACUCUCAGGUGUAUCAUCUCCAAAACCAUCAGCAACUACUUCCUUGAUCACUCACUAGAAAAAAACUGGACCGAGAACCAAACCACAGCAACAGUCAUAUUCCUGCUAUCUCCCUGCACACACAGCUGAUACGCCACCUACUGCAAACCCAAGCUGACAGUCGGAGCAAUGCGAGCAGCAUUUCCAUUCCAACAUCGAGCUGGAGCUGAAUAAAGGUGCUUUUUAAUAAAAAACAUCCUCUUUGCAAGCUGACAAGAGCAAAGCAGGAUAGCUGUAUUGUUGUCCUAGCUUCAAUAAUGGAGAGAAAAGCAAGCAGAAGAGAAAACGAAUGUGAAGAAAAAACCAGCAACUCUGAAAGCUCCGAGCUAGACAAGGACUAUAAAACGUCUCUGAUUACUCUGAAUGUCGGUGGUUAUCUAUAUAUCACACAAAAACAGACACUAACCAAGUAUCCCGAUUCUUUUCUGGAGGGGAUCAUAAAUGGAAGAAUAAUGUGCCCAUUUGAUGCGGACGGUCACUACUUCAUAGACAGAGAUGGACUCCUUUUCAGACACAUCCUCAACUUCCUACGGAACGGAGAACUUCUUCUACCAGAGGGGUUUCGGGAAAAUCAACUUUUGGCACAAGAAGCCGAAUUUUUCCAGCUUAAGGUACUCUCAGAGGCAGUGAAAUCAAGGUGGGAGAAGGAACAGCUAGCAUCUCGAGAGACUACUUUCCUGGAAAUAACAGACAGCCACGACCGUUCACAAGGACUUAGAAUCUUUUGUAAUGCUCCUGAAUUCAUUGCCAAAAUAAAAUCCAGAAUUGUACUGGUGUCCAAAAGCAGGCUGGAUGGAUUUCCAGAGGAGUUUUCAGUAUCUUCAAAUAUUAUUCAAUUCAAGUACUUCAUAAAGUCUGAAAACGGUACACGAUUGGUACUGAAGGAGGACAACACCUUUGUCUGCACCCUGGAAACUCUUAAAUUUGAAGCUAUAAUGACGGCUUUAAAAUGUGGAUUUAGACUGCUGACCAGCCUGGAUUGUUCAAGAGGGUCGAUUGUUCACAGUGAUGCACUGCAUUUUAUCAAGUAAUCACAAAGGCAAAGGAAACGAGCACGCAGCCAGUAAACCUCCUUGAGCUGCAGCCUCCUGGCAUCACAAAUAAUGCAUCUAACUAGCCCUGUACCACAGAGCUCAGCUGCUAAUCAACUGAUGUGAGCUAAUGGUAUGUAAAUCUCAUAAUGACAUCUAUCUCUGGAUUACUUAAGCUGAAUGAAAUUUUGAUGCCUGAAUUUAACAAGAAUUAUCUGCUAACAUUGUAAACACAGAUGGAAUGCUUUAUGCUCUUUGUAAUAUGUUUUCUCAAUUCUGUCUUUCAACCAGAGAGUCUAGCUGAAUUUUUUGUGUACCUGUGUGAUGAACGUGCAUAUACCUAACUGCUCUGCUGAACAGCAGUAUUUUCAUAUAAUAAGCAGGCUUAAAGUAUGUUUGCUUAUAACAAAUUCACAAUGGAUUUUAACUGGAAUAAAUGAUUUUGACUGUUCA